AUAGUGUCAAACCGUAGGCGACCUCACACAGAGAUACCAAGUAAUAACUUAAAUAAAGAAAAAAAUCUUAACCGAAGUCCCAAUGCAAGGUUCAUGCAAAGAUUCCCCCAGCAUUGGCCAUUCGCACUGGCAGCUAUUGUAGAACGGGCUGGCAUACCAUUUGUGAUGGGCGGUGGGCGUGCGACCAUGCCACCAUCUUGUCGCGGGGCCUGGUGUUACUUGCUUCUUUCUCUCUCUUUUCUGGGUCUCUGCAUCGCCAUCCACUCACCAUAUGGGAAGGGGGUCCGUUUAGAUGAUGUUCAGGCUCUCACCCUCCAGAGAGGCAAGACGACGACAUCCAGAAGGGCUCAAUCCACUCCCCAGUUGACCUGUUUGGGUGGUCCCUGCGAGUUCGAGCCUGAGACUGUGCAUUGUGAGAAUGUGGGGAGCGAUGGGAUGGAGGUCCAGUGGAAGUGUGAGGCGGACUUGCCGAAAGACAUCAAGUUUGCAGGCACACAGGUGACCUGCGAGGGCUAUGCUCAUCCUGACGAUGAGCGCGUCCUUGAAGGGAGCUGCGCCCUCGAGUACUCCCUGAGAAGAGUUGGAGGUGGAGGCUGGCUAAGCUGGGACUCCUUUGGCGGGGACUAUUACGGCGCUGGCAACAGUGGGAGCUCUGAACCGCGGCGAACGAGUGCCUGGGCCGGCGUAGCGCAGUUGAUAACCCUCGUCCUCGUCAUUUACUGUGGAUACCACUUGGGGAGAGCCUGCCGGCAAGGCCGAUUUCGCCCUCGCCCUCACGAAGCUUGACCUGGCCACUAGGCAUCUACCGGCUGGAAUCCGCACCUUCAGGUAGUGCCAAUAAAAGCCCCUUCGCAAUUUUCGUGGCCCCUGGUAUAUCUGCAAGCGAAUGGAGCUGAGAUCUAGAAGGCGGAGUUAUGUAACCAGCUCCUCUGACAUUCAUAAAGUAAGAGGAACAGUCAACGCAGGACUGCAAACUGCUUGCAGCGCAGCGUUUUGCGGUAAUCUUUGCAUAGAAGCAUUGCGGCGGCAGCUGAUCACCAGGUUGCCCAAGCUGAUCACCAGGUUGCCCAAGCUGAUUGCGCCCGCGAGUUUGCCGCAUG